AGGGUACUUGCUCGAAUACGAUAAAAGUUGCUCAAACAUGAGCAUGUCGUAAUGUGAGUUACUACGUGGAGUCAUGUGAACAAAGACUUGCAAAUGCAACGAGUACCUCUUGUACCCUUAUCGUUUGUUUACAGGCCACGUCUCGUUACCAGACACGGCUGGCGCGCCAAGCGGCACGACAUGUGUGCAUUUUUUGCCCGCCCAAGGAGGCCGCGGGCGCGAGGUUAUACACCCAUUAUUACGUCCUUCCUACUUUCAAUUAUUAUUAUCGGGCGGCGGCGCCGCACCCGCGACGGGGAGGAGGAGAGAGGCGCAGCUGCUGCCUACCAAUAAUCGAGACCUGUCCUCGAUAGAAAGGGACAGAGAUAACGACCGACAAGCACGAAAUAAUACUUAUACUUGAUUUUAAUGCCCAGAGAAACUUUUCAGGUAUAACAUUGUAAGUAAGCAUAAUUAUUGGUGAGUUUCGGCAACUUUCAUAGGAUCAAGAAGUAAUUUUAUCCCUGAAAAACAUUUAAAACUGAAAUAAAACCGACCGCGAUAGGAGGCGGAUCUCCGAAGUUUGCCGAGCGGUUUCGCCUAUGAUCGUCAGUACGCUCGCCGCAGUUUGGCGGCCGGUCGUGAGGAUGGUGCGUUUCGUUCGCGAACAAAGAAAAAUAUUAUUUUGCAAGUGUCAAGUGGAUAAUGUCGUCUGAGCCUACUAAAGUGCAGGUGGAAUACAUAAACGAGGAUAAAACGGGCAAGGAGGGUAGCGGCCCACAGUCGCCCCUAGCGCUGCUGGCAGCCACGUGCAGCCGUCUCGGUGCCAACAUGGGGCCCGAACAGGAACAGAAGGAGCAACAACAUUUCAGUCCACAACAACAGACGCAACAGCAGCAGGCGCAACAGCAGGCGCAGCAACAGGCCCAAGCCCAGCAACAGGCUCAACAGGCGCAGCAACAAGCUCAGCAGCAAGCGCAGCAGCAGGCGCAGCAACAAGCGCAGCAGCAACAGCAGCAGUUGAUACAGCAACAGGUGCAGAGCGAAGCCGCCACUCUUGCUGCAAUCCAGCAGCAGUACCUGCAGCAGCAGCCGCAGCUGCGGGUCAUCAGCUCCGCCGUCGUGCAGCAGCUUCGUGCUCAGGGGCUCUCUGGAAAUGAAUUAUCGGCAGCUAUCGCGAAUGCGGCGAAUGCCGUCCCCAAUGGCAUUCAAGUUCAACAACCUCAGGUUAUAUCGAUGCAGCAACUGCAAUCUCUGCUUGGCGGCGGCGUGGUAUCAAAUGGUGAGGGCGCCACUUACCAGAACGCUCCGCAACAGUUGCUGCAGAUACAUCCACAGCUAUUACAGCAACAAGGCGGCGUGUACGGCGGCUGCCUGGUGGGGGGGGGAGUGCAGCCCAUGCAGGCCGUCACCGUAGACGGGCAGGACGCACUCUUCAUACCCGCGCAGCACUCGCAGAACUUCUCCGGCAUGGGCCAAGUGAGCCUCGUGAAUGGGCAGCUGGUCAGAACGCCGGUGCUGCCCGCUGGUUUCCUUCAAAACGUCAUGCACCUACCCACUGAGCAACAGGCCACCGUGACGAUACCGGGCACUAAUAUAUCGAUACCGUUAUCCGCGCUCGGCAACCAAAUGAUAUCGAUACCCGGCACCAACCUAGUGCAGGGCUUAUCGAUACCGACUAGUCAGGUGCCGACCAGCCAGACGAUAACGAUACCGUGUAGCGCGCCCGACAAGAAAGACAAGGAGGCCACUCCGCAGCAACAAGGUGGUGGCGUAGCGGUCCGCGGCGGCGUGGGCAGCGUGGGCGGCGUGGGCAUGGGCAUGGUGCCCGUGCAGGUGCCCGUGAGCGUGGCCAACGGGCACACCGUGUACCAGACCGUGCACCUGCCCGUGCACGCGCCGCAGCAUCUGCAGAUCAUCCCGCAGCUCCAACAAAUGCAAGCGCAACCACAAGUAGCGAAUGUGCUCACGCCAUCGGGACAGAUUCAGCAGAUUCAAAUCGCGUCGCUGGCCAAUGUUCAGCAGCAAAACGGAGCAACACAAGCCACCGCCAGUGCGGGGCAGACGCCAGGAACCAUAACGCUACAGGCCGUACAGAACCCCAUACAAGGCGACACUACGGCCAUCCAGCAACAACCAUCGCAGACCAUCAUCACCAGCACGCCCGCCGGCCAGCAGGUCACAGUCAUACCCGCCACUAGCAACGUGCGUCCUAAUGUCGUACAGGUCCCAACGUUGGGCGUGGGCGGCAUCGGUGGAGCCGUACAGCUAGUCCCAGCGCUGGGCUUGCCCGGCGUGCAAAUCGCGCAGCUACCCCAGGCUCAGCCCCAACCGCAGCCAGUCAUUGGCCAGCAAAUCCAACAAGACCCCAACGAGCCGGGCAAGUGGCAGAUAGUCACUGUUGGCAACAAUAGCAACAACAGUAAUAACAGCAACAGCGGCAACACUUCGGGCACAGAGUGUGAGAACGGGAAACAGAGAGCGGCCAGUCCCAGCGGCAAGAGGAUGAUGAAGAGAGUGGCUUGUACAUGUCCAAACUGUGAUCAGGGAGAGAACCGGCUAGUAGACCGCAAAAAGCAGCACGUAUGCCACAUAGCAGGCUGCAACAAGGUGUAUGGCAAGACUUCGCACUUGCGCGCUCAUCUUCGGUGGCACACCGGCGAGCGGCCCUUUCUCUGCAAUUGGCUCUUCUGUGGAAAGAGGUUCACUCGGUCAGACGAAUUACAGCGGCACAGACGGACGCACACCGGCGAAAAACGGUUCGAGUGCCCCGAGUGCAGCAAGCGGUUCAUGCGCUCGGACCACCUCGCCAAGCAUGUCCGCAUACACACCAAGAAUCGCAUCACGGAGGUAGCCACCUCAACGCAGUCCAUGUACUCGGACUCCGGCGAUGACAGUUGCGACGAGAAGAUGAUGCUGACCAUAGAGACCAUCCACCCCGAGGGUGAAGACGAUAAGCAGCUGGUCAUGAUCCGGCCCGCGGGCAAGAUGGAACCCGACCACGACAGCUAGAACGAGGACAGCGACGGGUAGGCGUCGCUGGCGUGAGUGAAUAGGGAAGAAAUAUAGAAAGAGAUGGUCAGUGUUGGAGG